UCCAGCAGGCUUUCUGCAAGAAAAUGGAAAGCAUACACAUAAUAUUACUAACUUUGCUUUUGGCGACGACCCAUUUCGUUAAUGUCGUUUGCAAUAAUAAGGUUCCUGCGGUGAUAGUUUUUGGAGACUCUUCUGUGGAUUCUGGGAACAACAACAAGAUCGCCACCGUUCUCAAGAGCAACUUCAGGCCAUACGGCCGUGACUUCGAGGGAGGCCGCCCCACCGGACGGUUCUGCAAUGGCCGGGUUCCGCCGGACUUCAUCUCCGAGGCGCUCGGUAUCAAACCCUACGUGCCUGCGUACUUGGAUCCGUCGUACUCCAUCAAAGAUUUUGCCACUGGAGUUUGCUUUGCUUCUGCAGGAACGGGUUAUGAUAAUGCAACUUCUGAUGUGCUUAAUGUGAUACCACUGUGGAAGGAAUUGGAAUAUUACAAAGAGUAUCAAGCAAAACUGAGAGACUAUCUCGGAGUAGAGAAGGCCAAUAAGGUGAUAAGUGAGGCACUUUACUUGAUGAGCCUUGGAACAAACGAUUUCUUAGAGAACUACUUCGUGUUCCCAACAAGGAGGCUUCAAUUCAGUGUGUCGCAGUACCAGGACUUUCUGGUGGACAUCGCUCACAAUUUCAUCACGCAGCUUUACCACCUCGGAGCUCGCAAGCUCUCCCUCACGGGGCUCGUCCCCAUUGGCUGCCUUCCCCUGGAGAGGACCGUCAACAUCUUAGGCCAUCACGACUGUGAUGACAAGUACAACGACGUCGCUUUGGGGUUCAACAAGAAGCUCGAGAUUAUGUUAAACAGGCUGGCCAAGGAGCUGCCUCUGCUCAAAACGGUCUCUGCCAACGCAUACGACUUCGUCAAUGAGAUUAUCACCAAACCUUCCUCUUUCGGAUUUGAAGUAGUGGAGAAGGCAUGUUGCUCGACAGGAACAUUCGAGAUGAGCUAUCUGUGCAGCGACAAGAAUCCAUUGACAUGCAAAGACGCCGACAAGUAUGUGUUCUGGGACGCCUUCCAUCCCACCCAGAAAACCAACCAGAUUGUCUCUCAUUACUUGAUUGCCAAGCUUCUGCCUGCUUUCAACUGAUCAUUUUGCUAUACCCAUUAUGUUCCUCAAUUCCCCAUAUUCUUCUUAAUUACAUAUGUAUGUACGCUCUCUUGCCUUGCCAAUGUUGUUCUUGUGUUUUUAGCUAUGCAUAUGCUCAGGAUCCCAUUUACACUUCAAGGUUCAUUGAUUUUGUAUUCUCCACGUUUCUAGGUCUUUGUAUGUGUGUUUAUUUAUAGCUGUGGUAUUUAAUUCAGGUUUGCAUGAGUGAAGCUAAAGAUAAUUAUAUGGCUAAAACAUUUAGUUCUA